CUCAAAAAGAAAAAAGAAAAAAAGAGAGAUCUGAUUUCGAAUGGAAGAAGAUCGAGCUUAAGCUCUCUUGGAAUCCCUUCGCUCACUUCGUCUCAGAACCUCCUCUACUUUCACUUCCGGCUCUCGAUUUUCAGGUCGAGGAAGGUCUCGCCGACCUUGUCGCCGGUGAAGGAAAGGACGGGGAUGGUGGCGGUUAGGGUUAGGGGUCGGUUGUCGCCGCCGAGGCUGAACCCAAGCCGGCUUCUGAUUCCGGGAAGCCGUUCAGCGUCAUCGUGGAGUUUAGUAACUGGCGGAAGCAGCCUCAUUUGGCUGAGGCCGUGGCGGCGAUUCGGGCCUUGGCGUCUGUUAUAAGUUCCAGCGAGGCCCUGAUGGAGCUCAAGAAGGCUUCUGAUUCCCUAAAGGUUUGAGACAUGUCGUCUGAUUUCAAGUUAGAGGGAGUUAAAAGCCAUGAAAUUAAGGACCCAGAAGUUGGUUCUCCAAAUGGAAUACAUAAUAUUCUUGCAGAGCGAAGAACUUUGACUCUCAUUGACAGUUUGAAAUACGUAAAUAUUGCAAUGGUGACCAUUCUGAAGAAUGUGACAAAUAUUUUAACAGCACUGGGAGAAUUAUUUAUGUUUCUGAUGAUUAUCCCUGCUAUCAGCAGUGGCAUUACAGAUAUCUCCUUUGACACUGUAGGCUAUGCUUGGCAAUUUUCAACUUGCAUACUAACAGCAAGCUACUCAAUUGAUAUUGGUGAAGGGAGUGGAGAAUUCAAAUGCCUGCCAGAGUGCCAGGUCCUGCACUGUAUUUGUGAAGAGGAUCAUAGGCAUCCCUGGACUCCCAUCUUUGGUUCAGGGGCUUGAGGUUGGAUCUCAAUUUUGCAUGUCCCUGUCUUGGUGCCCCAGAUUCGGAACACAGUCACAUAGGAAAACAAGGCUCUAUGAUGUACGACUUCUUUAUGGGAAAUGGUUGGCAUGUGGCAUCAUAUCAGCCCCUUCAAGUAAUCAUGUAAUAAAUCUGAAGACAAUUCUAAUCUAGCUAGCAUGUUCUAUAUUUGAAAACAGGUUUAAUUAUACUAGGAUUUUGUAAUAUGAAGUUAUUUAAUUGAUAUAAUUUAUUA